CCGCAUGAACGCGGAACAAACCACUCUCCUUGGGCCACGAUGACUGGCAACCACGCACUCCAGGUAUAUGUCUUUGGCGACCAGAUCUUCAACGUUGCAGAUCUGCUGCAGAGCCUGAUACAGGAGAACGAAGACACGGUCGUCUCAGACUUCAUCGGCCGUGCAAGCAACACACUCAAGUACGAGGUCGCACAGCUAUCGCCCGAGCAACAAGCAGCCUGUCCGCGUUUCGGUCGUCUGGCCGAUCUCGUGCCGCACUACAAGAAUGGCACGCUGAAUCCCGCCCUGGUGCAGGCUCUGGUGUGUACAGCGCAUCUGGGCUCCUUCGUCCGGGACCAUUCCAGCGGAGGCCAAGCCUUCCCACCGCCCAACGAGUCAUGCGUAGCCGGGCUCUGCACUGGUGCGCUCAGCGCCCCCGCGGUGAGUUGCGCAUGGAGUGUGGCCAGUCUGCUGCCACUGGCCCUGCGCACCAUCAGCGUGGCGUUACAUCUCGGAGCCAUUGCAUGGGAGGUGGGAGCACGACUCUCGCCCGGCACUGAGCCCGUCAUUGGCGCGGAUGGCAAGGGCGCGGUGCAGAAGUUCCCGUCGUGGACUGCUGCGAUUGCUGGGCUGUCGAAGGACGAAGUGCAGGAAAUCACCGCCCGCUUCAGCAAAGACCUGGAGCUGCCCGCACCAGCCGUGCCCUACGUCAGCGCCGUGGUGGGCCCGGCCCACCUUUCCGUCACCGCGCCUCCACACGUCUUGGCGCGCUUCCUCGCCGCCGUCAAGUCAACAGCAAACGCGUCCACCGCACCCCUCCGCAUCUCCGCCCCCUACCAUGCCGCCCAUCUGUACAACGAUCACGACGUGGCCGGCGUCGUUGAGGCUGGUAUCCACAGGGUCGCUAUCGAUGAGAUCCGUGCCAGGAUCCCAAUCAUCUCUGCCAGUGCGCCGCGACAGGAGGGCACGUACAGUGCUCAGAACCAGAAGAAGGGAGGCGCUUCCUUCUCGGUGGCGCUGUGCCAAGCCGCACAUGAUUGCUUGACCCGCCGUAUCGGAGUGGACAAGCUCGCCGCAAGGAUCGCUGCUCAUGUGUCCGCGUGUGCAGCUGGUGAUGUGGACUUCUGUCUGACGGCUGUCACUGGUGGCGAACGUCUGUCGCCUACAGUUCGAUCUCUACUUUCGGUACCUCGAAUCGAAGACGAUGUCAGGCCCAAGAGAAGCAUCCUUCCAAGACUUCCAACGGGCGCCCAUGCUCCUUCAGCGCAGACCCCGAUCGCCAUCCUGGCGGCGUCUGGGAGGUUUCCACAUGCUGAAGACAUGGCUGAGUACUGGGGCGUUUUGGCUCGCGGUGAGGACGCCCACGAGCUUGUGCCGCCUACACGGUGGAACGCCGCAGCACACGUCAGCGACGACCCGAAGCUGAAGAACGGAAGUGGAUCGGGUUUUGGAUGCUGGCUGCACAACGCCGGCCUCGUUGAUACGACCUUCUUCAACAUGAGCCCACGAGAGGCACCACAGGUCGAGCCAAAACAGCGGCUUGCGCUACUCACGGCCGCCGAGGCCCUCGACUGCGCCGGCAUUGUGCCCAACAGAACACCAUCCACCGAAAAGACUAGGGUGGGUGUGUAUUUCGGCUCCACUGCCAACGACUGGAUGGAGACCAACAGUGCUCAGAACAUUGACGCUUAUUUUAUUCCUGGCGGCAACCGCGCCUUCAUGGCUGGACGCAUCAACUAUCACUUCAAGUUCAGCGGACCAAGCUACACCAUCGACACAGCCUGCAGCUCCUCUUUCGCAGCCUUGCACAUGGCUUGUAAUGCGUUGUGGAAAGGAGAGAUCGACACUGCCAUCGUCGGAGGUUCUAACAUCUUGACGAACCCCGACAUGCACGCAGGCUUGGACAAGGGUCACUUUCUGUCACGAACCGGACCUUGCAAGACAUUUGACGAUGGCGCAGAUGGCUAUUGCAGAGGCGAAGCGGUCGUCACAAUCAUUCUCAAGCGUCUUCCGGAUGCAAGAGUUGACAAAGAUCCUAUCGAAGCCUGUAUCCUUGGUAUUGCGACCAACCACAACGCGGAGGCAGAGUCCAUCACAAGACCGCAUGUUGGCGCGCAGAAACAACUAUUCGAGCGUCUUCUGGUAGAAACUGGUGUUGACGCAAACAACAUCAGCUAUGUAGAGAUGCACGGCACGGGCACUCAGGCUGGUGAUGCCGGCGAGACAACGUCCGUUGUCGAGACUUUGUCUCCCUUGAGCGCUCAAGGCGUGUCUACUCGACCGGCUUCUAGGCCUCUGCAUAUCGGUGCGGCCAAGGCCAACAUCGGCCACGGUGGAGCCGCUGCAGGAGUGACAAGCUUGGCCAAAGUACUGCUGAUGAUGAAGAACAACAAAAUUCCUCCACACAUCGGUAUCAAGACCAAGAUCAACCACAAGCUGCCGGAUCUGCUGCCACGCAACACAUAUAUUGCGAAGUCAUUGACCUCAUGGAACAGGCCCACGAACGGCAAGCGCCGCGUGCUGCUCAACAACUUUUCUGCCGCAGGAGGUAACACGGCAAUGAUCCUCGAGGACGCUCCGUUGCCGCACAUUGUCAACGACGUUGACCCUCGAAGCCAUCACGCUGUUACAAUCUCAGCCAAGACUCCAGAAUCGAUGCUCAGCAAUCUGCGCAACAUGAUACAGUGGAUGAAGGCACAGCAGUCCAGCGACCAGCUACUCUCGCGACUCUCUUACACCACGACCGCUCGUCGCCAACAUCAUAGACAUCGCAUAUCCGUUAUUGGGUCCCAAGUGUCUCAGAUCCAAAUUGCACUAGAAGACCAUCUUGCUCGUCGCGAGGCGGGUGAGAAGAGCUUGCCAGUGCCACCCAAGGCACCAAGCUUUGUGUUUGCUUUCACAGGACAGGGCUCACCUUAUGCUGGUAUGGGCGCGGAGCUCUACGCUCACUUCACGCCCUUCAAGGCGGACAUUCAUCGCUACGAUAAGCUAUGCACACAGAUGGAACUGCCUUCGAUCAGACCAUUGUUCGAGCAGAAGGAUGCUUUUGAUCAAGCCACUCCGACACAACUUCAACUGAUGCACGUCUGCUUACAGAUGGCGUUGUCCAAGCUUUGGCGUUCUUUCGGAGCAGAACCAACAGCGGUCGUUGGUCAUAGCUUGGGAGAAUAUGCAGCGCUCUACACUGCCGGUGUCCUCUCUCAGGCCGACGUUAUCCAUCUCGUCGGCAAACGGGCCCAGCUCAUGGAGCACCACUUGGCACCAGGAACACAUGCCAUGCUUGUUGUCAAAGCCGACGAAGCGCAUGUCCUUUCUACUUUGCACGAAGAACUUGGCCGUGAAUGCGAGAUCUCAUGCCGCAACGGACCUGCGAAUGUUGUCAUUGGCGGAACCACGACACAGAUGAAAGAAGCCCGCGAGGCACUGGAGCGACGGGAUGUGCGAUGCCAGUACCUGGAUACGCCCUUCGCAUUCCACACAUCGCAAGUGGACCCUAUCUUAAAACAUUUCGCGAGCUUGUCUGCUGGCGCGGAGCUGAAGGAUCCUAGCAUACCAGUGAUCUCAGCAACGUACGGCAGAGUGCUGCACAGCCGUGCCGACUUCGAGGAAGGAUACUUUGUUGAACACUGCCGCAAGUCCGUGAACAUGGUCGAUGCUCUUGCAUACGCCAAGAAGGAAGGUCUUCUCGACGGAAAUAUCAUCGGCCUCGAGAUUGGCCCUGCACCUGUGGUCACACGCAUGGUCAAGGAAGUCGCCGGUCCAUCGAUGUUUACAUUCGCUUCGAUGCAGAAGGGCCAAGAUACUUGGAAGCUCAUGUCGCAAAGCAUGUCACAGCUUUAUAUGUUGGGUGUCAACCUCGACUGGAGCAGAUACCACGAUGACUUCCCACAGUGUCAACAAAUCCUCGAACUUCCAGCAUAUGGCUGGAAUCUGAAGAACUACUGGAUCCAGUACGUACACGACUGGUCUCUGCGAAAGGGAGAGCCUCCUCUCAUGGUGACGGCUCCCGCUUUGGAGACUUCAGCUCUUCAUACUGUUGUCAAGAACACGCUCUCGCAAGACGGCGAGAUAGUCGUGGAUGCAGACCUCAACCGCGAAGACCUUCAUCCAAUGGUACCGGGACACAAGGUGUACGGCGUUCCGCUAUGCACUCCGUCCGUAUAUGCUGAUAUUGCUCUCACUAUUGGCGACUACAUCAUGCAGGCGAACUCCCUCGGCACCCAGGCUACGACCGCCGUUGAGGUCGCCGACAUGACUAUCCAGAGCGCCCUGGUAGCGAAUGAUGCUGGUAUCCAGCAACUCCUGCGUACAACCGUCAAGUUCGAUGCUAAGAGUAAGGAUGCCAAGAUCUCCUUCUCCAGCGUCAAUGCCGACGGCAAGAUCAUUGCGCAACACGCCCAUUGCCGCAUUUCUUUCACGGACAUUCAGCGCCGGAAGAGUGCGCUCCAGACCCAAGCUGCUCAUGCCGAGACACAAAUGGCUGCUCUUUAUGCUCAAACUAACCAAGCAACGAACACAUACCGAUUCAGCAAGGCCAUGAUCUACAAGAUGGUCGGCCAGCUGGCGGACUUCGAUCCCAAGUACCGAGGUCUCAUCGCCAUCACGAUGAACAAUGACAGGCUGGAGGCUACCGGCACUGUUUCCUUCAAGGGCAUCGCUAACGAGGGCAAGUGGGGUGUCAAUCCAGCAUACCUUGACGCACUGUCACAGCUCGGCGGCUUCGUGAUGAACGCGAACGAGGGCGUAGACCUUGACAAAGAACUCUUCGUCAAUCACGGAUGGGGCAACAUGACCAUGUUCAGCAAAUUGGACGCAACGAAGACUUAUCACAGCUAUGUGCAGAUGAAAGAAGGCGGCGACAAGCUAUGGACAGGAGAUGUCUAUCUUUUCGAUGAAGCCAUCUCUCUCGUUGGAAUAGUGGCCGGCGUUGCUCUACAAGGAGUUCCGAAGCGACUGAUGAGCUACAUUGUCUCAGCUGCGAACAAGAAGGUCUCCGGGGUCAGCACUGUCGUUGAGCCACAACCGCCCAAGGUCCAGCAGAAGCGUGUCCCUGCCACACAGGCCGCAGCACCGGUUUCGAAGCCAGCACCGGCAGUCAAAACAGCAACGACAGGCAAGCCAGCAACGGCUUCGCUGACUAUGUUCGCAGAGGCUAUGAAGAUCGUGUCUGAAGAAGUCGGCGUAGGAGUCGAAUCACUAACCGACGACUUUGACUUCUUGGAGGCUGGCCUGGACUCUCUUCUGUCGCUGGUCAUCUGCAGCAGGUUGCGUGAUCAACUAAACAUCGAGCUCGAGUCGUCCGAUUUUCUGACUGCGAGUAACGUGGGUGGCUUGAAGCAGAUAUUGCAGAAGUUUGCACCUGCAGAGGAGAAGGCGCAGCCGACGACCAUCGAGGCUCCAAUCGCUCAGCCGGCGCCCGUAUUGGUCCCCAGCAAUGUCACGACGGCUGAAGCGCCACCUCAGAUUGCGGAUGCCGUGGCGCAACAGCCUGCAAAUGAGUCAGCGUGGGCCGGAGCAGUGACGAUCCUGGCGGAAGAAAGUGGUCUGGCCGAGAAUGAGAUCCAAGAUCACCUCGUGCUGAACGAGCUGGGUGUUGAUUCUAUCCUGUCCCUGGUGAUCACUAGCAGGCUUCGCGAUGAGCUUGAAAUCGACCUACCCGAGCGCGCUCUCUUCGAAGAUUGCGAGACUGUGGGAGAUCUUCGCCGUCAGAUCACCGGCUCCUCAGCAGAGUCCAACGCAGGCCAGACGACUUCCUCGGGAACAUCGACACCGCCAUCGGAGGGAAGCAGCUACCCUGAAUCAAGACAUGAGUCUGUGUCGACUUCCAUCUCGACGAUACUGGACACUGCCAGUGAGGACGACUUCAGCAUCGUGGAGAAAGGUCGUCGAUCUUCAACAAAACCCUCUGCCGCUUUGGCUCCCGCUUGGUCGAUGUAUCUUCAAGGAUCUUCGAAACGUGCGGUGGAGACCUUGUUCCUCUUCCCUGAUGGAUGCGGCGCCGCAACGUCCUACCUAUCGUUGCCUACCAUUGCCAGCAGCACCGCGGUGGUUGCAUUCAACUCGCCUUGCAUGAAGAAACCUGAAAUACUUGGCGAGCAUACCCUUGACGAAGUGGUACAGUCCUAUGUGGCCGGCGUCCGAAGCCGCCAGCCCAAGGGUCCCUACAAGCUUGGUGGCUGGUCUGCUGGUGGUAUCCUAGCAUAUGCCGUUGCCAGAGCACUCCUUGAUGCCGGCGAAGAAGUCGCCAGCAUGACUCUUAUCGACUCCCCGCCACCGAACCGCGGGCUGGACCGUUUGCCAGAUCGUUUCUUCGACCAUUGCACUUCAGUGGGCAUCUUUGGCAACGAGAUGCAACGCUCCGAUGGCACGUCCAACAUACCAGACUGGCUCAUGCCACAUUUCAAGGCGUCCAUCGAGCUUCUACACGACUACCAUGCUCCCGCUCUCCCGGCCGACAAGAUCAAGGACAUGAAAGUCACGGUCAUUUGGGCAGGCGACUGCGCUUUCGACGGCGUCAAGUAUGCGAAGCUGCCUCCGGCUACGACAGACUCAGACGAGGACACAGAGGGCAUGAAGUUCUUGAGUGAGAAGAGGACAGACUCUGGUCCAGGCGAGUGGCAGGGACUCUUUCCUGGUGUCAAGAUCAACGCUGCGACGAUUGAGGGAGAGCAUCACUUCAGUAUGAUGCGGGACCAAGGUGCUCAGGAGCUGAUCAGGCAUGUUAGGGAGAGUUUGGCUUGA